UCUCUGUCUUCGGUCUCUUCGAGCUCUGUCGUUGCUUCCGAGUUCUUGAAAUUUUCCUUACGAAACUUUGUAUGCUCCCUCAAAGAAAGUAGGAAUCAGUGCUAUGUAGUACGUGAGAGGACCACUCUCAGCCACUCCUUGUCGCCUCUCUGCUUCGUCUCCGAGAAAAGAGGGAGCCGCUUCGGAAGGGAUCAAAUGACAAGGAUGAGCUCUGGUAUUUAUUAGCAUCAAUGUCAUCAUGGAAGGUGGCAUCUUUUUUUACAAUAUGCAGAUCAAAUGACAAGGAUGAGCUCUGGUAUUUAUUAGCAUCAAUGUCAUCAUGGAAGGUGGCAUCUUUUUUUACAAUAUGCAUUUUGGAGUGGCAUAAGUCAGCCUCAUGAUGCUUCAAGCUUCAAGUUCCAUUCAUCGAUCUCAGUAUCAUUUUGACUCAUUAAGUUCACCACCACUCAAGUCAUUGAUGUUCCGUCAAGCAAAUCCAAGCAACACUAUUAAAAGGCCACAGAGUUGUAGGUGGAUUGAUUUCUUAUCUGGCAGCUGGAGAUCUUCCUGUUCACGGUUCAAAUCUUUUUGCUCGCAAGUGCUAGAUUCUUGUAAUACAUGUGAUAUUAAAAAGGAUAAAGACACCAACAUUGAUAGAUUAGAUUCAGUGUUACCUGUGCAAACUCUUCGAAACUUUCCCAUUGAGAAACUUUAUGGAGAAGUUGUCAUGGUUCGGCUUGAUUCUGCUCUUCUGCUGAAUUUAAGGGUUUCUGAUGAUCUCUCUUUAAAUAGAGCAAUUUUAACUAUCAAGUAUCUAUACAAUGCUGGGGCUAAAGUAAUUUUAGCAAGCAACUGGCCUCAGGCCAAUGCUUCAAGGCUUCUUUCAAAAGAGGCCUUUGCAGAUCACUUGUCAGCGCUUCUCAAGGUUAAAGUUGUGCCUGCAAAUGAUGCUUCUGCCAUCUUGCAAUUCAAGAUGAAAAACGUGGAAAAUGCAGAUGUACUUCUUCUUGACAACUUGACAAAUAAUAAAGAAGAAGUUGCAAAUUCCUACGAGUUCUCCAAGACAUUGUCAUCUGGUGUCUCCAUCUUUGUUAAUGAUGCCUUCUCACUAUCACAUAGGGUUCUUGCUUCAACUGUUGGUGUUGCCCGCUUUUGCUAUGCAUCUGUUGCUGGUUUUCAUUUUGAGGAGGAAUUGUUGCAACUAAUGAAGAUCAGUGAGACCAAAAAACAACCUUAUGUUGCAAUAAUUGGAGGGAGUAAUUUCCUGAAAAAAGCUAAUACAUUGCAUGUUUUAGCUUCUACAUGUGAUGGACUGAUUUUCAUUGGAAAGCUAGCAUUUCAGAUAAUGAAUGGUUUCGGACUUUCGGUACCUACCCACUUAGUGGAACAUGAUGCUGUUAAAGAAGCACUAGAACUGAUCAAACUUACACAACAAAGAAAGAUUCCAAUUUAUUUUCAGAAAGAUUUUGUGUGUGUCAAAGUUGGCAAGCCUGAGCUGGUGGAGAUAUACGCUUAUAAUGAAAUCUUGGCAGGUUGGGUGCCUGUGGAUCUAGGGCCAGUUUCAAUGAAAGAAACCUCUUCUAUGCUCUCAACAUGCAAGAAAGUCAUAUUGAUUGGUUCAGUAAGUUUUGGUUCUUUAGAGGAAGAUAACGUAAGAACAUCUCAAUUGGUAUCCGUACUUGAAAGAAUAAGCAAAAAUGGCAGUGAGGUGAUUCUUAUUGGGAAUGCAGCCUGCAAAGCGUUUGCAGGAAAAUCAAGUUAUUCUAAUCAGUAUUCAGUGUUUAGAAAUGCAUCAGUUGCUUGGGAGUUUCUCAGAGGAACAAAGUUGCCAGGUGUGGCAAUAUUAGAUAAAUGCCCGAAUCCUGAUUUUAACAGAGAGGACCAAAGAUGGAGGAUGGUACAGAGAGGACUUGUUGAAGCAAUCUUGGAUCUGCUUAUUACAAAUGGAAAGGUGUUUUUACAGUCUGAUAUCGAGACUGUUACAACGAGAAUGAAACAUCUGUUCAUUACUUAUGGAAAGGGUAAACUAGUAGUGGAUGGGGAUGACAGGGAUUGAAUGGAGGAGAAUCCUUUUGGUGUUCAGACUGACUGGGAGCAGCAUGUGAUUGAACGUGGAGCUCCUAUGUAUAGAAUUAUUCUCAAAAAGGUUUGAUCGCUUGCAAAGGUACCAAUCACAUUUACUCUUGUUGCCUUUUCUUGCCCUUUUAUUGGAGCAUGUUGGAUACUUGGCUAUGACCAAUUGGCUUAAGCAGUUCUAUAACUGCUUAGAUGCAUUUCUAUAACCAGUUUCUACUUGAUAAUUUUGGAUGAAUCCAAAUCAUUGCAGGUGGAGUAUCCUUGAAAUCAUGGCAGCUACUUGCUAUCAAUUAAAACUUUGGGUAGUCUUUAAAUACGAGACUAUCUUUACCUGCAAUUUUUGUAUUUUGCCUACCAAGAUGGCUUCCACAUUAUGACAUCAUGGUCUGACUCUUUUACUCAAGUUUGUGUUACCAUAAACUAGGACAAAAUAUGAUCUUAAUUAUAUGGAAUAAGCUGCAUUUGUCAUA